ACACGGUGUAUCAGGCUGUGAUGCACUUCUGAUUUUAGUGAUGUGGAGGCCAUUUAACAGUGGCAUUCUCCGUUUCUGAUUCAUCGGUAUGCUGGGGAAUUAACUUUUGAGGACCGUUUUACGCUGGAAGUUUUAAUAUCUUCAUUGGAGGAAAGGGAAGAAGAGAAUCUCAACGUGUCUGUCUGAGCGACCUUCCGCCGACGCUUUAGGAUGGGAGGCCAUUGGAAAUGUUAUGUGCUGAUUCUACCAGCCCUGGCAAUUGUGUUAUUCUGGACUUCUGGAGCCAAAGGAGAGAUACCACCGAGGCCUGUUAUUACCGUGCCCCCAUCUCCCCCCAUUCAUCAACCCGAUGGCGUGCCUCAGCCUAUGCCUGACGAUCCGAAAACCAUGCUACCCGUGUUCACUAUGGAUUACCCUCGCAUACAGAUACCCUUUGAAAUAACUCUGUGGGUGCUGUUGGCAUCUUUUGCUAAAAUUGGUUUCCACGUGUACCACAAGAUCACUAUCUGGGUUCCCGAGUCGUGCCUGUUGAUCACGGUUGGCCUGAUCGUGGGCGCCAUCAUGCACUCGGUGCACGAGGAGCCUCCGGCUGUGCUGACCAGCAACGUCUUCUUCCUCUACAUGCUGCCGCCCAUCGUGCUGGACUCGGGCUACUUCAUGCCCACGCGCGCCUUCUUCGAGAAUGUGGGCACGGUGCUGUGGUUUGCCAUCGUGGGCACGCUCUGGAACUCCAUCGGCAUUGGCAUCUCGCUCUUCGCCAUCUGCCAGAUCCCUGUGUUCGACGUGCAGGACAUCAACCUGCAGGAGAACCUGCUCUUCGCCUCCAUCAUCUCGGCCGUGGACCCGGUGGCUGUGCUGACGGUGUUCGAGGACGUCAACGUGAACGAGCAGCUCUACAUCGUGGUGUUCGGGGAGUGCCUGUUCAAUGAUGCCGUCACUGUGGUGCUGUAUAACCUCUUCAACCACGUGGCGGAGCUGCCAGUGGUGGAGGCGGAGGACGUGUUCCUGGGCGUGGCACGCUUCUUCGUGGUGGGGCUGGGGGGCGUGUUCUUCGGCUUCCUGUUCGGGGUGGUGGCGGCCUUCACCACGCGCUUCACGGGGAAGGUGGGCGAGAUCGAGCCCCUCUUCAUCUUCAUGUACAGCUACCUGGCCUACCUGGUGGCCGAGCUCUUCUCCAUAUCCAGCAUCAUGGCAAUUGUGACGUGUGCCCUCACUAUGAAGUAUUACGUGGAGGAGAACGUCUCCCAGCGUUCCUGCACCACAGUUCGCCAUGUCAUCAAGAUGUUGGGCACUCUGUCGGAGACGUUGAUCUUCUUCUUCCUGGGCGUGGUCACCAUAACGACAGAGCAUGAAUGGAACUGGGGCUACAUUCUAUUCACCCUCCUCUUCGCCAUCCUCUGGAGAGGCCUGGGUGUGCUGGUCCUAACCCAGAUCAUUAACCCUUUCCGCACCAUCCCCUUCAACCUAAAGGACCAGUUUGGUCUGGCCUACGGAGGCCUGCGAGGGGCAAUUUCCUUCGCCUUGGUGUACACCCUUCCAGAAAACAUUAUUCGCCGCAAGCUCUUCAUUACAGCCACCAUUGCCAUCAUCCUCUUCACAGUCUUUAUCCAGGGCAUCAGCAUUAGGCCUCUGAUUGAGCUGAUGAACGUGCGUAAAACCAACCGCAACCUGGAGACCAUUAAUGUGGAAGUCCACGGCAGGCUGAUGGAGCACACCAUCGCCGGCAUAGAGGACCUCUGUGGCCAGUGGAGCCACCACUACUGGAAGGACAAGUUUAUCAAGUUUAAUAACCGCUUCAUCCGGAAGAUUCUGAUCCGGGACAACAGGGCUGAGUCCAGCAUCGUAGCCCUCUACAAGAAGCUGGAGCUGCAGAAUGCCAUGGAGAUCCUGGACUCUGUGUCUGCUGACUUCAGUGAUAUACCAACUGUGGAACUGCUGCCUGACGAGAAGCCCAGCAGCAACCCCAAAAAGAAGUUCAUGGCCAACGAUCUGCGAAAUAUGCAUGAGAUCCUGUCCAAGAACAUGUACAAGAUCAGACAGAGGACUGUGGCGUACACCAACAAGUAUGCCAUGCCCAAUGAGUCCAGGUCCAAGGAGAUCCUCAUCAGGCGACACGCCAGCAUCCGACGAAGCCUUCGACCAGGCAGCUUCCAGGGGCCGGACGUGGCGAGAUCACACAAGUACCUGUCCCUCCCGACUGGACAGGGCCUGGAGUCUAGCUUCCCUCCCAAGAGGAUGACUCGUGCUGGUGAUGGCGACACCAUGUCUGAGAUGGGCUACCCAGCCGUGAGGGCCCGCUUUGGCUCUCGUCCCCAGCGCUCCUCCUCCUCCUCUGCCCACGCCGGGACACCCUUACACAGGCUGGACACCCUGAGAGAGGCCCCUUCCUCCGUCAGCAUAGUGGACGAGCAGCAGCUACCACAACAGGACAGCCACAGUGUGGGUUAUAGACCUGGGCAUGGCCUUAGCCCCAGCCAUAACCCCACCAGUCCCAGCCACAGAAUGCCCCUCAUGCCCGGUGGCAACAGGCUACCCCUCCCCCGCCACCGGAAUGGCUCGUCGUCGGGAGACUACGCUCGUCAUGGCAGUAGAGAGGAUGUGUCACCGGCGGAGGUGGUCGACGAAGAGGAGGAGGAGGAGCAGCCACUGGCUCCUCUCCCUGGUUGGGUUCCGGAAUCACUGGGUGGUCGGGGACGAGGACGGGGAGGUGGCGGACCGCCCCCUACUAUGCCACUCAAACCACAGUGGAAACCACGACGUCAGCCAAAGCCCUGAGAGAGGAUAGCCAACCACAUUGGUCAACCAAAUCUGAUCGAUUGAUGCAGUGCACAAGAAACAUUUUCUAACAAGAAUGCAUUGUAUUUUUUGCAAUGUGUCUGUGCGCCGCAUUAAUUUGAUUGGAUUUGUUAUGUUUUUGCUCAGUCACGAAUGUGGUGAGAGAGAUGGGAGGCUAAGACUUGCACCAUGGACUGCUAUUGGCUCUUGAGCAUCAGUGUCAUAUGAUUUGCAAUGCAUCGACCCAAUGAGGUGGGCUUCUCGUGGCUACCUGUUUCCAAAAAAGAAACUUUUUUAUGUUGAACUUGACUCUGACUAUUUAUAUGUUAUCACAUCAAAUGGAGACGUACUGUAGCUUUGAAUACCUCAAUGUGGUUUUAUUUUUCGUGACUUUCACGUACAUCCUCUGAAUGCUCUUUUAAGUGCUUUUAACUUGACUUUUAUAUAGUAGAACACUGAAUUUGAAAGUCUCUGCAUACACACUGGUAAACUCCACAGUAUGUUCUUUACAAUUGGGUCUGACAACAGACUCUGUUAACACAAGAAUCUGAUGCGUUGGGAUUCUGUGUGGAAGAAAGGCUCACCCCACUUUGGUGGAGUGGGUCUGUUGAUGUGUGUUACAUCGUGAGCUUUUGAUUUCAGUGUGUGUCAUUGUAUUUUAAUAUGGUGUAAUAAAAUGUAAAUAUUUUACAGA